CUCUACAGGAUCUCUGGUUAAAGUCGUCUGUUCUGUUUUGGGUCAGUAGAGCUGCUGGACUUCAGCACUGCUCUUAUUUAUUUUAUUUAUAUUUUUCGGUACGUUAUUAACGCAGAGCUGCACUUUGUAAUAAAAUGGCAAUACUUUAUAUCUUAUACACUUUCUCCCUGCAGUUCCUGCAGCCGCAGUUCAGCAGAUAUGAAAUGGGAAGCUAAUUUGAAUAAGUUAGUGAAGCAUGUAAAGGACAUUUAGGGCUGUUUAAAAAGCCAUUUCUAGAAAACAAACUAUAAACCAUGUCUCUGAUUGGCUCUGAGGAGGAAAGCACUCCACUGCUCUCAGGAGAUGCAGACAGUGUGGAGGAAGCUGACAGGAGCCGGUGGAAGUCGAUCCGGGUCAUGUACUUCACCAUGUUCCUCAGCAGCGUGGGUUUCACUAUUGUCAUCACAUCGAUAUGGCCCUAUCUGCAAAAGUUUGAUGACACUGCUGAUGCCAGCUUCCUGGGCUGGGUGGUUGCCGCCUACAGCUUGGGUCAGAUGGUGGCAUCACCUUUAUUUGGGCUGUGGUCCAAUCACAGGCCUCGACGGGAGCCGCUGGUCUGUUCCAUAUUCUUCAACGUCUCAGCAAACAUCUAUUACGCUUACAUUUAUCUCAUUCCCUCCUAUAACAAAUACCACAUGCUGCUGGCUCGGGCGUUCGUCGGCUUCGGAGCAGGUAAUGUAGCUGUGGUGAGGUCGUAUGUGGCAGGUGCCACCUCCCUGAAGGAGAGGACCAGCGCUAUGGCCAACAUGAGUGCCUGCCAAGCUCUGGGGUUCAUACUCGGCCCGGCUCUUCAGGCGGCUCUGUCGUUUAUUGGUGAGAAAGGCUAUACUCUACACUUCCUCGAACUGAAGUUAAACAUGUACACGGCUCCCGCUCUGCUCGCUGCUGUCUUCGGUGUCAUCAACAUCCUGCUGGUUAUCAUCAUCCUGAGGGAGCAUCGUGUGGAUGACCACGGGAGACACAUCACAGCUAUUAACUACGUCUCAGAAGACGAAGUCGAAGUGCCCCCUGAGGUGGAGGAAAAUAUUGACCAAAUUGCUGUGCUCACAUCCAACGUCCUUUUCUUCGUCAUUCUCUUCAUUUUUGCUGUGUUUGAAACUAUCUCCACCCCCUUGUCGAUGGACAUGUUUGCGUGGACGAGGAAAGAAGCCGUGUUGUAUAACGGGAUCAUACUGGCAGCCAUCGGAUUUGAAUCCAUCAUAGUGUUCCUCGUGGUGAAAGUGAUUUCUGUACGGAUUGGUGAUCGUCCAGUGCUUUUGAGUGGAUUAGCCAUAGUGUUUAUUGGCUUCUUUAUCCUGUUACCCUGGGGAAACCAGUACCCGAAGAUUCAGUGGGCAGAUCUUCAGAAUAACUCCAUACCAGCUAUUACUUUUGCUGCUAAUGCUGCUAAUGGCACUGUGGAACCCACCGGAUGCCCUCCUGAACAGAUCUGGUGCCAGUAUACCCCCGCCAUCCAGUUGGCUCAGUACAUCACGUCUGAUAUUCUUAUAGGAGUGGGCUAUCCUGCGUGUAACGUCAUGUCCUACACCCUGUACUCAAAGAUACUCGGACCCAAACCACAGGGUGUGUACAUGGGCUGGCUAACGGCUUCAGGAAGUGGCGCUCGGACGCUGGGGCCGGUGUUCGUCUCUCAGGUCUACACCCUGCUCGGACCUCGCUGGGCCUUCAGUCUGAUCUGUGGCAUUGUGCUGGCAGCCAUCAUACUCCUCACUGCCAUGUACAAGAGACUUAUUGCUUUCUCUGUGCGAUACGGACGAAUCGAGGAGUAAUAAUCGCGUACAGGGUGAAUAUCCCUCGUUUACUGGGAAAUUUGAACUGAUUAUAAGCGGGUAACAGGUUGAAUGGGUUAAACUGUGAGAAUAAAGUGCCUUUCUGGGUGGUAGGAAUGCUAGGAUCAUCUACUGAACCCUCUAAUUACCCAUUCUACCCUCCUGGGAUUGGUUGCGCUAGCUUAGCGCUUAGCAGAAGCACUUAACCAUUUAAUGCCUCAUAUUUGGAGGUUGGGAAAUAGCUUUAACUAUAUACCAUAGUUGGGAUCUACUAAUAGAAACACCACUAGCCAUUUAGCUCUAAAACUGGCUAAAGUUCGAUACAAAGUUAAACACAGUAUUUAUAGUUUAAAAAAUCACUAUUUUUUUUAUUGACUCUGAGCAUCAUCAGCAUUAUUACCAUUAAGUAAAAAAUCUAUAUGUGAGUUUACCUGCAUUUAAUAAUCUGAUUACUGUAGAACAUCAGAUUUUAAACUCUGUAGCCAAGUAAUCAGAUUAUUGCUUUGCAACCAGCCAAUAAACUCGCAGAAUAAGAUGUGACGUAAACAUAUCACGUAAAUCUCGAACUUCUUAUCUCUGCUUUUCUUAACACAUCGAGCCGCAAUAUGAUCAAAUACCAGCUUUUCCUCCGCAUUUACCAGGUCUGUUUUCACGCAUUUGCAGACUAAGACUUACUCAAACACUCUGGUUAAGAGUGGACAUACACUGAGAAAUCUGAUCACUGAGCUAAAAUACAGAUUUCCGAUCAUAAUCCAGUCUAAAAUUGUAUUACUCUUUAGCUACAGUAGCACUAAUGAAAGGUUGGCUUUACAGUAUUUACAGUACCAGUCAGAUGUUUUGACACACCUUAAAUUCUGUUUUUUUUCCAUCAUUUUAAAAUGUUCUGUAUUGUAGAUUAAUACUAAAAUUAUCCAAACUGUAAAGAAAACAUGGAUCAAUUUAGUAACAAAAAAUUGUUAAACAUACUUGAAAAUGUUUUAUAUUCUAACAUUUUACAUUCUUCAAAGUAGCACCUUUUGCUUAGAUAACAGCUUUGCAUAUCUUGGCUGGAUUUUCUCAGUCAGCUUUAUGAGGUAGAGUCACCUGGAAUUCAGGCUUUCAGUUCUUAAAUUUCUUCUCCUCUUAAGCCCUCUUAAGUCAAUUUCAACAACUUUGAAAGCAUCUUCAAGCGUAGUGGCAAAAAAAGACCAUUAAAAAUGUUAUGAUGGUGAAACUGGCACUCAUCAGGACUUUGCAAUUUAAGCCUUAAGUUUACUACAUGAUUCAUUUUAUGUUUCCUCUUUGUUUGGAUGAUUUUAGUAUCGGUUCUAGCUGUAUUAGGCAGCGAAUGAACAGUCAGUUAUUUAAGGUAAUGUAUUAAAAACUGAAUGUAGUCCAAUAGAAGGAUCUGAACUAAACUGUGAUGGGAGAGAUGCAGUGGUGAGUACCUACUGGAUGUUGUCCAUACAAGGACUUACACCACAACACACAUUUUGGGGUCUUUUUGUGCUUUGCGAAGUUGUUUAUGGUAUAAAAAUGUAAUUAAUGAAUUAGUACACAGCCCUAUGUUGGGCUUAAUGUGGGUAUUUCUAGCCUGCUAAGAAAAUAACUAAUGGAUUUAUGCUUUUUCUGUAAACUGGAUUUUUUAUUUUAUUUUAUUUUGUGUUAAUGCUUUAUUUGAAUGCUUUUGUCUGUAUUUCUGUAUAAUUUAAAUUUUCUUAUUUUAAUGAUUGUAAAUGAACUGACACUACAGGCUCUGUAUGCUUGUGCAGGAUAUAAAACUGAUUUUUCAGGACCUAGUCUCUAAAAAAACAAAGAUAAAGUUACUGCUUAUUAUAAUGUUUAAUAUAAUUAAGCAAUAAUCAUGAUAAACACUCAGUUUAAGUGACUUUAACACUACCAUUUUGGGAGAAAUCUGGACUUUAUCUAACUGAAAAUGUAGCGUUGAUGAUUACAGGACCUGUUGUAUUAAGUAACAUUAAAUAACUGAGAAACUGAAAAAAA